CCCUCUCCGCCCGUUCAGGUCACGUGAAGAGGAUGAGCCGAAUCAGCAGGGGUGUUCCCGGUCACGUGCCCCACUAGUCUCGCCCCCUCGGUUCGGCUGCGCGCGCAGACCCUGCACCUGGCAGUGGCUGCUCUGGGCUCCUUGUCACCAGGACAACCGGCCCCGCCGCAGCGCGUUUGCCAUGGUUUUCUCAAACAGUGAUGAAGCCCCCAUUAACAAAAAGUUACCCAAAGAACUUCUGCUAAGAAUAUUUUCCUUCUUGGAUAUUGUCACUUUGUGCCGAUGUGCGCAAGUUUCCAAGGCAUGGAAUGUCUUGGCUCUGGAUGGAAGUAACUGGCAAAGAAUAGAUCUUUUUAACUUUCAGACAGAUAUAGAGGGUCGUGUGGUGGAAAAUAUUUCCAAAAGGUGUGGUGGGUUCCUGAGACAGCUUAGUUUAAGAGGAUGUCUUGGUGUUGGAGACUCCGCUUUGAAGACAUUUGCACAGAACUGUAGAAAUAUUGAACAUUUAAAUCUAAAUGGAUGUACAAAAAUUACUGACAGCACGUGUUAUAGCCUUAGCAAAUUCUGUUCCAAGCUGAAACAUCUGGAUCUGACAUCCUGUGUAUCUAUUACAAACAGCUCUUUGAAAGGUUUAAGUGAGGGUUGCAGAAAUCUGGAACAUUUGAAUCUUUCCUGGUGUGAUCAGAUUACGAAGGAUGGUAUUGAAGCACUGGUGAAAGGGUGCAGUGGACUAAAAGCACUAUUUCUUAGAGGUUGCACACAGUUGGAAGACGAAGCACUGAAACACAUUCAAAAUCACUGUCAUGAACUUGUAAUCCUGAACUUGCAGUCAUGCACACAAAUUUCAGAUGAAGGCAUUGUAAAAAUUUGUAGAGGAUGCCACAGACUUCAGUCAUUGUGUGUUUCUGGUUGUAGCAACCUUACAGAUGCUUCUCUCACAGCACUUGGUCUAAACUGUCCGAGAUUGAAGAUUUUGGAAGCUGCAAGAUGUUCCCACCUGACAGAUGCAGGUUUUACACUUUUAGCACGGAAUUGCCAUGAACUGGAAAAGAUGGACUUAGAAGAGUGCAUUCUGAUAACAGAUAACACAUUGAUACAACUUUCUGUUCACUGUCCUAAACUGCAAGCGUUGAGCUUAUCUCACUGUGAGCUGAUCACAGAUGAUGGGAUUCUGCAUCUGAGCAACAGUACCUGUGGUCAUGAAAGGCUCCAGGUCCUAGAGUUAGACAAUUGUCUUCUUAUCACCGAUGUGACCCUGGAGCACCUAGAGAACUGCCACAGUUUGGAGAGAAUUGAGUUAUAUGACUGUCAGCAAGUCACACGCGCAGGAAUCAAAAGAAUAAGAGCUCAUUUACCUGAUGUGAAAGUUCAUGCCUACUUUGCUCCAGUCACCCCUCCUCCUUCUGUAGGAGGUAGUCGACAGCGACUCUGCAGGUGCUGCAUUAUUCUUUGACAGUAGGAGCAUCAGCAGAGGAAGAAAGAUUCAUUUAAUUAUGGAAACAAAAUCAGACUGCAAGUGGCUUGCAGAGUGUCAGUUUCUUAACUGCCGUAGGAGUGAUGUCACAGUCAUCCAAUUUUGUGCUGGUACUGACUCAAGAAAGGUGUUUUCGCAGAUACUCCCUCUCUGCCCCCGUUUCCUGGCUGGAAAGCGUUUAAGUGCUGGAAUACGAUCCUCAGUCAGUCAUUCCCCAGGAAAUCCGAUGGGAGGAACACACCAAUAAUGAAAUCAGUAUGAAUCACCUCCACUUCACUGAUUAUUCAGCAAUUAGGUACAAGGUUUGCAUUGUGUAAAGACGACCAAACAGGAAUAGAUAUACUUACAUCUCCAGACCCUUGAGAAGUUCCAUCUCCUUGAUGAUUUGGGGAGGAAGAAUUGCUACGGUGGAGAGGUGGAACAAAAAUAAAUGAUAUUACUGGAUUUUUAGAAGUUAAGAGAAUAAAACCAUUCAAGCAUUACUGAUAAAGAGGAGUGGAAGAGAAUGCAGCAGUGUGGAGGAAGGAGAUAUGAUCACAUGGAGGAUCUCACUUGGAUACUAAGUGUCUGCACAUGUGCAGAGAGUAGGGCAUGGUAACUCAAAGACCCAGAAACUUCCAGAACAGAGUGGUAGUUACCAGACACUCUCAGUUGCUGUUCUGAGGCGGUAUAGGACGUUUUCACUGUGGGCUACUCACCUAGCAGUCAUAUUCUAGUCACCCUCGGAGAGCUGAGCCAACCAAAAAGCACUGGAUGGGGUGGUUAUAAACAGAGGUGUUAAAAGUAGCCCGUGGACUCAACAGGUAACUGACACAGAACCAUGAACAGAACUAUCUGCUGUGAGGGCUGGGUCCCAAUCCCUGUGCCACUUUGGACAUGGGCUGCAGAUUUCUGUUUCCCUACAACAGAGAGCACCUAUCAGUUGUUAACGCAAGGCUUAGAAUGCUGCUAGCUGUGGAGGCCCACAUUGUUUGCUGACAGGGCUCUGAAGUGUUUGAAAGGACUGAAACGCUGCCAUUUCUCAGGCUCUGAAGAGUCCAGGUGACAUACUGUGGUCAUGCUACAAAGAGCGAGAAAGCCCCUGUUUGAAGAUGAGAGAGGAAUGCAUUUUGAUAGGGGCACUAAUGUACAGAAAACGUUAUGUUAAAACCUUGUAUUUGAAUAUUUGUAACAGAAAUAAAAAGGGGAAGUCUGUAUACGGAACACCAGCAGAUUUACUGUUUAAUAGUUUUUAUUUAAAAGUUAUUCACAGCAUUCCAAAUACACCUCUACCUCGACAGAACGUGACCUGAUCGAACACGAAUUCGGAUAUAACGUGGUAAAGCAGUGCUCCGGGGGUGGGGGGCAGCUGUGCACUCCAGUGGAUCAAAGCAAGUUCGAUAUAACGUGGUUUCACCUAUAACGUGGUAAAAUUUUUUGGCUCCCGAGGACAGCGUUAUAUCGGGGUAGAGGUGUACUAUUUACCAUGUUUUAUGCUAUUUACAAGUGUUGUGUGUGCAGUAAAUGUUUGUUUUACUAAGAAAAUGUAUGGUACUUGCUCUCUGAAGCUGACUGGGAACUAUUAGCAUCCAUUUAUCAAGGUUUACAUAAAAUAGCCCUGAAGUUUAAUUGUAAGGACUUUUUAAAAAAAAAUGACAAAACAGAACUCUAGCUUGUGCUUCAGCAAAGAGUUAAGCUGAGGUGCAGUAUAAUUAGACACAAUAUUGCAUGAGCAGCCCAUGUUCCCCAUUACAUAAACACCAAGUCAAAAAGUGAAGUGUACUAUGAACUGAAGUUUUUGUAUUCUACUUUUGUAUUUCAAUUAACUUUUGUUUAAAAGAAUUAAGCUCUGUACAGUACAAGCCUUACACUUGCAAAACUUAACAUUCAGCAUAUUAUAAACUCCACAUUUGCAAAGAUUAUAAAGUUUGAGGAGUAUGGCUCAUAACAGAGCCCUUUAAUCAUUGAAAGCCUUCAGCCUAUAGUUCUACAUGACCUCCCUUGAGACAGAGGGGACACGAAUUGCAGAAUUAAAACAACAACAAUUUCCUGGGCUUAAAGAGUCUUGACUACAAGGGAAGAAAGAGAGCAGUGAAGACCUAAAGAAAUCAUUAUGAAAAGGGCUAGGUCUAUUUUUGCCAAAUGUAAAGGAAGUUCUAUCUUUCUCCAGAGACUAAGCUCUGGCUUUCCAGCACUUAAGAGGGAUGCAAACUGGAGAUCUCCGUCCCACAGGACAACAACUGCCUGACAACUAGCAGCAGCAACAAUAUGCACUUAGCAGGAGGCCACUUCCAAAGAGAGAUUCACUGAGCACAGGGAGAAAAACUCCCUGGGCAUUACCAUACUCUAAAAUACCUAAUUUAGUCAGAAAGGAAAAAGAGGUUAAAAAACGUAAACACUGGAAGCCAAUCCUUGCCAUCUGAGAGAGCUGCCUCCACCUAAUUAGAAAUGUUAACAUGCUUUAUAGGGAGAGACACAUGUUGAGCACUGAUUUUUUUUUUCCCCCUGUAUACAUCUGCUGAUGGACAUCCUGCCCAGCAGCAGAAGAAUGUCUGGGUUGACAACGGAUACUGCAGAAGAAAUGUAACAGCUAAGGAACUAAGUAUUCUGGGUUGCCAGUAUUUUACUAUGAACUUUAGUUAAUUCCAGACAUCCCAGUGUUUACUACAGCAUCAAGUAAAACAAAAUUCUCCAAAGAAUUCAUCCCACUGUUUACAGUGCUCGCUUAUUAUAGCGCCUCAGUUGUGUGUGACGUUUCAUAAACAAAGAAUGAACAGGUCCCUUUGCCUUGAGAAAUGUACAAGCUGAAUUUUGAAUAGCACACAAAGAGAUGAUGAAGUGCAGAGCGGAAUACUGAUGGACAAAAGUCAGCUAAUUGUCACAUAAGUGCUUUAUGGGAAGAGGUGUCAUGGAAAUACGAACAAAACUUGCUUGUUCAGUGAAUUAAGUCAAAUAAUUGACUUUCACAGGUGGACAUUAAUAUAUGACCAAAUUUACCAACAGGUAGAUGCGGGAUCAUGACUUGCCCAAACAAAUAAGUUGCUAAGAUCUAUUUUAGAAAUAAAGAUAUCGGAAAAUAUUUAUUGUUCACCAUAAGUGUCAGUUUAAACACCUGGAAGGUUAAAACUUGAUAGGGAAAGUGUAAAAUACACAUAGUUGCUUCUUUUAAGCAGAUAGACACAGGAUUAAACAGAGGGUCCACAUGCUGUGAGAAAAAGUAGUGCUCAGUAACAUUAAGUCUUGCUGUAUCUGACUGAAACACAAGGAGAACAAGAUGCAGAGAGCCAGAGGAAACAAAGUACUAUUACUACAAACAACCUCUCUGCAACAAUACAUGGGGCUUUAAAGGUACAAAUGUAUAUGGAAACUUACAUUAAACUCAGGUGGAAAUAUGGGACAAAACAUACAUGCUGUAACUAAAUUUUGCUAUUACAUAUAUAUAAAGAAAGCAAAUAGCUUUUAAAAACAUCUAGCUAUUUCAAUAAAGGAAAUGUAGGUGUAAACUGAAA